AUGCCUUCUGUAACAUACUCAUACUCUAGCCAGCCUCUUGCUCCCUGGGCUGUCUCGACAAAGACCCCGGCAUACACGGCUGCAUCUCACCCUUAUCAACAAUCCCCAGUCUAUGGUCAUGUUUACCAACCUCCGCCUUCGCGAUCAGAAAGCAUCACGACAGGGGGAAGUUCAUACUCAAUCCCGAGCAGAGCCCCAUCUGUGAGUUCGUACUCAGGCAGCGAGAGCAACAGCCCUGUCGAUGCACUGGGCUACAUGGGAGAACGACUAGGCAGAUCGAUGGACCCUACCCCUCUGGAUCGUAGUCUGGCAAUGCAAGCCCAGAGGUCAGGCGAACUGAAUGCCAAAACUCGGGAGCUGCAAGCUCUACAAGCAUUAGCACAGUCUCGACUCAAGUCUGCCAGAAGGAAUUUUGCAGAUGGGAUUCAGGCUGCUAGAGACGUCCAGAGAGACCUUGAAUGGACGCAAAGAAGAGUUGGUGCAUUGAACGAGCGGGUUGCUCAGAGAUGGCCAGCUCAAUACAGCACUGCGAGCUCACGAUUCCCUCCUCUUGAAGACUACUGA